CUGUGCGAGCGGAGGGAAAGAGUAAGAUGGCGGCGCUGCCGGGACUCGCCACCUCGGCCUCGUACAGCGGCGGCGGCGCCGCGGACACCCAGGGACCCCAACUCCUGCCCCCGGACAGGGGCAGAGAGGAGGCCACAGAAGCCGAGAAGUUGAGCAAAAUGAACUCGUUGCUAGAGAAGUUGCACACAAAAUACAGCCAGACAAGACCCUGGACUGAGUCUGCCAAGCUUGUUCGACAAGCCAUGGAAAAACGAGGUAUAAUGAACACUGGAGGCCAUCAGCACCUUAUUGCCUGCCUAGAGAUCCUGCAGAAAGCUCUGAAAGUCAUGUCUCUUCCCGCGAUGACAGAUCGCCUGGAGUCGAUUGCCAGACAGAACUGUCUCCGUUCCCAUUUGAGCCCUUCUGGUACCGAGUGUUACAUUUCAUCAGACAUGUUCUAUGUAGAAGUACAGCUGGACCCUGCAGGGCUGGUGUGCGAUGUCAAGGUGGCGCACCAUGGAGAGAAUCCUGUGAGUUGUCAGGAGCUGGUGCAGUAUUUGAGAGAGAAGAAUUUUGUGGAGUUCUCGAAACACCUGAAAGGUCUUGUCAACCUGUACAAAGUCCCUGGAGAUGAUAAACUAAAAACUAAGAUGUACCUGGCGCUGCAAUCCCUGGAGCUUGACCUGGCGAAGAUGGCUCACAUGUUCAGAUUAGCAUCAAAUGCAAGUAACCUUGAUAUGGUUCUACAGGGGAGCGUUGGCUAUCUGACCUCGAGGAGUGGUGGUCACCUGAUGAACUUGAAAUAUUAUGUGUCUCCGUACGACCUGUUUGAAGAAGGAAGAGGAUCCCCUAUAAACUUGAAUGAAAGCCAUGUUCCUCGAGCGCUGGGCAUGAAUGUGUUUGUAACGAUUGAAGGCCUCUCGGGGAUGUACAAGCUGCCAAUCGCGCCCCUGAUCACAGGAUCCCAUCCCACAGACAACAAAGGCACGCCUUCCUUCUCUUCCGUGACCAAUACCAACAGUGUGGACCUGCCAGCAAGCUUCUUCCUCAAAUUCCCACGCCCGAUUCCCGUAUCGGCUUCCGUCAUUCAGAAAAUUCAGAAAUUCUUAGGAAUACAGCUAAUCGACCCUCCUCCGAGCCCAGUUCCCCUGUACCAGCUGAUCACGCAGUUCGUUCUCUCAGGGACAGAGGGUGACUCCUCUGCCGUGAAGCACAACAUGCGCUUUUACGCGUCUCUGCCAGGCCAGCAGCAUUGCUACUUUCUGAACAAGGAUGCCCCGAUCCACAAUGGCAGGUGCCUCCAGGGGACUCUGCUUCACAAAAUCCCCUUCAGGCAUCCAGGGCAGGUGCCACAGAUUCUGGAGCUGAUCCGGCCUCAGGUGGUCUACAACACGCUGAUCGGGAGCUGUGUGAAACGCACUGUGUUGAAGGAAGAUUUGCCUGGACUUCUGCAGUUUGAGGUGUGCCCACUGACAGACACCAGCUUCAGUGUGUCCUUCCAGCACCCAGUCAAUGACUCCCUUGUGUGUGUUGUGAUAGACGUGCUGGACUCCAGGCAGCUGAGCUGCAAGCUGUAUAAGGGACUUUCUGAUGCCCUCAUUUGCACUGAUGACUUCAUUACCAGAGUGGUGCAGAGGUGUAUGUCCAUCCCGGUGACCAUGCGAGCAAUCCGCCGAAAGGCUGAGACCAUCCAAGCAGACACGCCAGCUUUGCCCCUCAUUGCGGAGACUGUUGAAGAUAUGCUGAAGAAGAACCUGCCUCCAGCCAGCAGUCCUGGCUACAGCUCGCAACUGGGCAACAACCCAGCGAGCGGUACAACCACCCCAACCAGCACUUUCCCAGGGCCCAUCUCCACUCUGUUUAGCCUCGGGAAUAUGGGCAUGAAAGAGAGGCAAGAAUCGGGACACGGGGAAGAUUCCUUUAAAGUAAACCAGAACCCCAUACUUACCAGUUUGCUCCAGAUUACAGGCAGUGUUGGUUCAUCCAUUGGUUCAAGCCCCACUCCACCAGGCCAUACGCCGCCACCGGUAUCCUCCCCUGCCAGCAACACCAAAAACCAUCCCAUGCUCAUGAACUUGCUGAAGGACAACCCCACACAGGAUUUCUCUACUCUGUACGGCAGCAGCCCUCUGGAGAGGCAGAAUUCAUCUUCCAGUUCGCCCAGGAUUGACGUGUCGUCAGGCAGCUCCAAACAGAAAAAAAAGCGGACAAGAUCACAGACCGAUAAACCCAAACAGCAACAGACCGAGGAGGACUUUCAGAGAGAACUUAUCUCAAUGGACUUUGAUGCACCCAACAGUGUCUUUGACGUAAACCUCACUGGGGACACUUUGGACACCCCUCACAUUACCCCAGCCCCCAGUCAAUGUAAUACGCCUCCAACCACCUACCCGCCGGCAGCUGUGCACUGUCAGCAAUCCAACAUGCAGAGGAUGGUGCGGCUGUCCAGCUCCGACAGCAUUGGAGCUGACGUCACAGAGAUUUUGUCUGACAUAGCAGAGCAAACGGCAAAGUUGACCAACGCAGGCGAUAAUUGUCCUUCCAUCGGGACACCCGUUCGGGAUUCAUCAAGUUCCUCUCAUUCGGUUGUGAACAGUACAUUCGAUCCAGAUGUGUUUCAGGCUGGGAGCAAUGAGAACACUUACACUGACCCUGCUGACCUGAUAGCUGACGCUACUGCUACUCCAACCAGCGACUCCUCAAAUCAGUUCUUUCCUGAUGGAGUUGAUUUUUUGUUGGAUAACCCGAGCGGGAGCAACUUUGUGAGUGGAUAUUUCGAUGAGAACAGUCAGGGUGGAGAUGUUGACGACAUUAAGGGCUUUUCCUCACAGUCGUUUGGGUCGUUGGGUGUAGAAACCGCCGAUAGCAGGUUGAAGGGAAGCAACCAUCCUGACACUGUGGAUUUCAGCAUGUUUACCAGUGGCAGUAAGUCCUUAGGAGCUUCUGACGGGAUGGAACACAGUGGGAGUCAGAGCCCUUUGCUGAGCACAGUGGAAGUUGGGAAAGUGGAUAAACCUCAAAAGCAGCGAUCCAGUAAGGAAGGUAAUGGCAGUGGAAGCACCAUCUUGAUGCCAGAGCUUACCCAGGGGAGAGUGGCAGCCAUGUCAGGAAUGGCUCAGGAAGGAAAACCGGUCAAACGACUCAGGACGCCAUCGAGUGAUGGGAAGAACAAAGAGAAGCCUCCAAAGCGUAAGAAAACGGACUCGGAGAACAAGUCACCAUCUCACAGUAUAUCCAACCGGCCUUUCACUCCCCCCGCUAGCACCACAGGCUCCAAAUCUCCCGGGAGCUCUGGCAGGUCACAGACCCCGCCCGGUGGGGCCACCCCACCCAUCCCAAAGAUCACAAUUCAGAUCCCAAAAGGCAUCGUGGGGAAGUCGUCUUCACAUAGUCAGUUUGGGCCGGGCCCCUCAUCCAGCAGCAAGAGCCACCACUCUCACUCCUCCAGUUCCUCGUCCUCCAGCAAAGUGAAGAGCAACAAGUUGGAAAGCUCCUGCGGUUCUAAAAUGAGCAGCGCCGGAGCUUACCCAGGGCAAAGCGGCAGCAGUUCUGGCCAGUCUAAGAGCUCCUCGCAGUCCUUGGGGAAAGCCAGCUCUUCUCCAGUCACUAAGCACGGCCUGAGCAGCAGUGGCAGCUUAAGCUCCAGCAACAGUGGAAGCAACAAGCUGAAACCUCAAACCAAAUCGUCCUCUUCCCUGGCCAAUCCUUCUGGGGGAAAGCCCAAUGUCUCUCCUUCCCACUCCAGGCCUUCCAGCAACUCUGACAAACUCGUGUCACCUAUGAAGCCCAUUCCCGGAGCGCCAGCUACGAAGGCCAAGUCUCCAAUCAGCUCUGGUUCAGGAGGUUCUCACAUGUCAGGAUCAAGUUCUGGUUCUAACCUGAAGCAAGCCUCUGGCAUGGUGUCUUCUGGCUCCCUGAGCCAGAAACCUCCAGCCUCCUCUUCUUCCUCAUCUUCAUCCUCCACUUCCUCAAUGUCUUCAUCUCAAAAUGCACACGGCAACUUAAUCAAAGGAAAGUCUCCGAGUCGAACCAAGAAGCCUUCUUUGACAGCAGUGAUUGACAAGCUGAAGCAUGGCGUGGGUGGGGUUGGGGGGGUGCCGGGCAGUGAAGACCCUGCAGAUGGUCAAAUGACACCCGGGGCCCCACCUUCCACUCAUAGCAUGCCAUCCAAGCACAACAUGUCCCCUGCGGAGUACCAGGGCAAGCGGGAGAAGAGCGACAAGGAAAGCAAGUCCAAGGUCUCUGUCUCAGGUAGCUCAGGGGACAGCGGGAAGAAAUCUGACUCCAAGAAUGGCGGUGGUACUGGGGUGGCUAAGAUUAUCAUCAGCAAGCACGACGGUGGCUCUCCAAGCAUCAAGGCCAAGGUAACCUUACAGAAGCCUUGUGAUAGCAGCGGGGACGGUCUGAGGCCGCAGAUACCCGGGGCAAAGAACUACGGCUCCCCUUUGUUCAGUGGGUCAACGCCAAAGCACGAACGCUGUUCACCAAGUUACAGCAAGUCCCCGGCCUACACCCCCCAGGGGAACGACAGCGGCAGCGAAUCGGGAUCGUCGUUUGCUGAAAAGUCUCACCAGAACAGUCCGAGCUCAGACGAUGACAUCCGGCCGCUCCCUGAGUACAGCUUAGAGAAGCACAAAAAGCACAAGAAGGAAAAGAAGAAAGGGAAAGACAGGGACAGGGACCGGGACAGGGACCGGGAGAAGAAAAAGUCCCACUCCAGCAUCAAACCCGAAAGCUGGUCCAAGUCUCCGAUUUCCUCGGAACAGUCCUUGUCUCUGGCGGGGAGCACUGGCCUCAGCUCUGAAAGGCCAUCUCGCUCUAGUCCAACGUUUCUGCUCGGUGACGACGAUGAUCUGAUGAACGUGGCGCUGAUUGGCAACUAGAAUAGAAGGUCGUCGUUCAGGCUUUAAAAGCUGGACAGUGAAUGGCACAACCAUAGUAUUGUUUUAAUCCGAUAUGCGAGGAGCUUGGCUUUAAGCUGGGCACUCUCCCUGAUUUUUUUUGGCAUCUGUCCCAAAUCUGCCAGAUUUUCAGUGUAAAGUCUUCAAGUGUUAUUGUUCAGCGUUAGAACUUUACGUCUCCUGCAGUGUACUUGAAGAGGAAGCAACCUUUGCCAUUUUUGAGGCGUGGGGGCAUCUUUACGGCUUGGAUCAGAUUUUACCCAUCUUUUUCUUGUCUUCCCUUAAUACCAAUGGUUUAAAGUGUUGAUGGAGAGCGAUUGGGAGAGUCGAGUUCUGAGGAUCCCCCCACUUCCCCUCUCCCAAUAUGACGUUGAACCCAGAAAAGUUUAUCACAGCUUUUGGAGCUCCUAAGCCCAGCAACUAUCCUACCCAACAGUGUAGCGUGAUCUUAAUGUUGUAUAUCGCAUGUUUGGAGCUAUCUUUUACAAGAAUCGAAAUUUUAUUUUUAAUGACUGCUGAAAGAAGUUAUAAAUCAAAAAGGUGCAGUGUUUUUAUAGAGCUAAGGCUGUGUGCGUGCAACCCUUUCUUUCCUCCCCCACCACCCCUCCCUUUUACCACAUGCGCAAAAUAUAAUUAUUUAACACUUUGCAGGGCUCAAAUUAUUUUACAGAAGAAAGCUUUAAUCAGUUUUUAAUGUGCUUAAUUUUUUAACUAUUUAUUCUUCUAAAAUUCAGAGUUGUUGAAUUUUUGCUUGGAGAAGUUAUUUUAUCAGCUUCAGAAGCUUUGCGUAAUCUAGUUUAAAUUCCAAACUGCUUCAGUUAUCCAAAAAAACGGUGUUGCUUUGAUUACUUUGAAUCCAUAGGCUGUAGAAAUGUUCCCAACUAAACUAACCCAAGUUCUGCUGUGUGUUGAGAAUGUGAAUGAAUAAGCUGUAGUAUCACUCUGGUGCCGAUGUUUUGUUUUUCUUUCUAAAGAAUAUUUCUCAUAUUUCCUUGUGUUUCCUUUGGCGAUUUAGUGAAAUGUAAAAAGCUUGUCCCCAUUGUGGGUGACCGGGGAAUAUCUGUGCAAGUAACUGGAAACAUUCCACCCAGUAUCCAAGCGUAUAGUUGAUCAAACCUCCUGAGUGAUCUCCCAGUCAACUCGAGUGUUUUGUCCAGAUAUAGCAAUUGUAACAUGCAGUGUUGUCUCUUCACACAGGUUUCAGAUUGGCAAAAGAUUUACAAAGAAUUUACAGAGAGAAUGUACAGCACAGAAACGGGCCAUUUGGCCCACCAGUCUGCGCUCGUGUUCGUGUUCAUACUCCACGUGAGUCGCAAUCUCUGAGACGUGCUCAGAUCACUGACCUUAGGAUUGUUUUCCCUUCUCUUCUACCCCCACCACCAAUCUAAUGGAGAAAAGUCCAAGAAUAUAGUUUUGACACCUGCUAUAAAAUGUCCCAGACCUUUGGCAACAUCACUCUGUCCUGAAAAAGAUAAUUGAAUCUCUCUCUGGAGCCACUUUGAGUUGGGAAUAUUUGAGUAUAUGCAGGAAUAUUGCAGGGAUAUUUGCAGCUCCAUUGUCUGAGCUAGCCUCAGUCAGUGUUUCAUCCUGUGGUAGGUCCAGGCAUCCGACGGGCAGGUGAUAUUGUUAACUAGACGCAGUGUAACUAGAUGUGGAAAUCUCUUUCUGAUGACUCAGCGAAUUUACUCAGUGAGUGGUUGAGACAUGAGGACUGAAAAGGUUGCAGUUUAGAACCUCGUCUGUGCUGGUAACUGAUUUCUGUUUAGGCCACACUAGAGGCUGUACGCAGAACCCCGGUUUAGCAAGGCCAAGUUUAAUCCAAGUUCACGCUCCAGAUAGAUCUCCAGCGACCCGCGUGUGUGGGGACCACCUCAUCCACAAUGCGAGAGGUACUAGAGAGUGCCUAUUGCCAUAAUCUGUACUCCAAUACAAGGAGAGGAGAG